AUGGCAGAAAAGAAGAAAGGAUGCGGCUUGGGACUGGGAGCGGUCAUAAGGUUCGUCGAGAAGCUAGGUGGCACUUUGGGAAACUUUCCAAUUUUCCUUUAUGGUUCCUACAGGGGGUGGCUCAUCGAAGAUUCCGGGUUUGUGAUCUUUCGAAAGCAUCGUGGUUGCCUGCUGGUUGAACUCUCACCGCCUGACGAGUACCACACCAUCUUUCGACCUAAGGAAAAGAACAGCUUAAGACCAGACCACAACUCGGAGAACUGUGGCUUCAUCGACCACGAGGAGGACGAGUGGUUUUCUGGAAGGGUCUCAGUCUUUCAGAUUCAUGGCAAUGUCUCAUCGCUUCUGACGAACCAGUACUCCUUCUUGGGUCAGGCACACGGUAGCAUGGGUGCGGAGUCCUACGACGUGAACCCUGGGUACCUGCUCCUGCUUGGGGGAGUGGCAACUGCCUUGAGUGUGGUGUUUGAGGGCUGCCUGCUGAUCGCCAAGUUUGUGGAUGUUCCGAAGGCAUGGUGGUUCAGCCUUCUGAGCCUUAUCCCCUACUUCUUUUACAUUCCGCUGAACACCCAAGUUUCGGAGAAUCAGCAGGUGUGGAUAAGAUUUCCGGCCCUUUAUGAGAUGGCGGCACUCUUACUGAUUGUUGCAGCAGCCUUCGUUUCUUUUGCCGCCUGUGCACUAGCAUGCAUUUGCGCAAGCAUUACAUGCUGCGGCACGUGCGGCAUAAUGAGUGGUUACGCACUCUUGCUGCUGGUCAUGAUUGCGCUGUGGACCAACUUCACCUUUCCUGCCAGCUUUGACUUCUACUUUGAUUUCGACUUCUCGUUUUCCACAUACCUGGAAAUCUUGAAGGUGCUCACCUGGACUGCAAUGCUAUCCGACCUGAUAGCAUUCAUUGCAUUUUUGUGUUCGCUACGCACAGAUAGCAAAGGAGGCCACGAACUCAGCGACGAAGCCGUCUGUUCGACGGGUUACUGGCGAAGGUGCGCAGUGCAAGCUUGCCUGGCACCGAAGCUCGCUUCGGCCAAGAGAAAGAUCACGGGCAGCCGUACAGCCGUACAGGAGACGACGUUUUUGCCCUUCCUCAAGGAGCACCCACUGCCUUCCCCAACCGCCGUGACCACCAUCGCCAUCCAGCCGACCCUGGCCAUCCUCAAUGCCCUGCCACUAGGACCCCCGGUUCUCUCCAGAGGAGUUCAUUUUCCGAGUUGGUUUAGCCUCUCUUCAUUCUGA